AUGUCGUCAGGAUCCGACAAAGAAAGAGAGACAUUCGUCUAUACAGCUAAGCUCUCCGAACAAGCCGAGCGUUACGAUGAGAUGGUUGAGACGAUGAAGAAAGUGGCGAAAAUUGACAGCGAGUUAACGGUGGAGGAGAGGAAUCUGUUGUCUGUUGGUUACAAGAACGUGAUCGGAGCAAGACGUGCCUCGUGGAGGAUAAUGUCUUCGAUUGAGCAGAAGGAAGAGUCUAAAGGUAAUGAGACAAACGUGAAACACAUCAAGGGUUAUCGUCAGAAGGUGGAAGAUGAGCUUGCUGAUAUCUGUAAAGACAUUCUUUCCAUCAUUGAUCAGCAUCUUAUCCCUCAUGCUACCUCUGGUGAAGCCACCGUUUUCUAUUACAAGAUGAAAGGAGAUUAUUACCGUUACUUGGCUGAGUUUAAGACCGAGCAAGAGAGGAAAGAAGCUUCUGAACAGUCUCUCAAAGGCUAUGAGGCUGCAACACAAGCUGCAAGCACUGAUCUUCCUUCGACUCACCCGAUUCGUCUUGGUCUUGCUCUUAACUUCUCUGUUUUCUACUAUGAGAUCAUGAACUCUCCUGAAAGAGCUUGUCAUUUGGCGAAGCAGGCCUUUGAUGAGGCGAUUGCAGAGUUGGAUACUCUAAGUGAGGAGUCAUACAAGGACAGCACUUUGAUCAUGCAGCUCCUUAGAGACAAUCUCACCCUCUGGACUUCCGAUCUUCCUGAAGAUGGAGGAGAAGACAACGUCAAGUCUGAGCAAGAACAUUGCAAGAUCAUAGAAGCCUCUGAUAAAUGAUCAGAGGCUUUGGAAGUUGAAUGAGUUCAGAUUAAACUCAAUAGCUUGGUUUCAUCAGAGAGAUGGGAUCAGAGAUAACUGAAUUCAUAUUUAUUGUUCUUUUUAAUUUACCUUUUUUGUUAUUUCUUUUGUUUGUCA